AUGUCUGUCAAGUAUGUAUUGGUGUCCGACGAAGAAUAUGGUGAAGCGGUCGAAUUGCCACUUGAGGACAAUGGUACAUUACUGCUGUCUACGUUAACGGCCCAGUUUCCGGGUGCUAGUGGACUGAAGUUUCGCACUGAAAACAAUGUUGUCAGAGGUGUUCGGUUGGCUGACUUCCGAUUCCAUGUGCCUGACAACGAAUGGGGAAAGACACCUUACUACUGUGUUUUCCCAAAAGUGGAAAAUAAGAGAAAGAUUGAUGAUAGUGUAGAAAAUCCAACAGCUAAAACCAAGAGAUUAGAGACAAAAUUGAAAUGUUCAGACUUAGUUGUCUUAAAUAUACCAUACACUUAUGAUGAACAAAAAUUAAAAGAAUACUUCGGUCAAUUUGGAGAACUACUUAUGCUACAGAUAAAAAGGGAUAAAAAUGGACAAUCUCGAGGAUAUGGAUUUUUAAGAUAUACUAACUUAGAAUCUCAAGUAAGAGUUCUUUCUCAGCGUCACAAGAUUGAUGGUCGUAAUUGUGAAGUUAAGGUUCCAAAGUCUAAGGAAGGUAAUGGUUCAGAGCUUUCUGGGAAAGUAUUUGUGGGUCGUGUGACAGAAGAUUUAACCGCUGAUGACAUUCGUGAGUAUUUCAGCAAAUUUGGAGAAGUCAUCAAUGUGUUCGUACCCAAAAAUCCAUUCCGCGGAUUUGCAUUUGUAACUUUCCUUGAUCCUGAGGUAGCUGCUAGUUUAUGUGGCGAAGAUCAUAUUGUUAAAGACGUUUCGGUGCGUGUUUCCGAAGCCGCCCCAAAACCACAAGCUCCCAAAAAUCGUCAUCAAACUCCCCCACCUAGUGAACCCUGGGAGCGUUCUAAUAAUCGCCAUAAUGACAAUUAUCGAAAUUGGUAUCACUCACAACAUGAUAAUCGGGGGAGUGUAGACAUGCCUAAUCUACAGUCAUUGGGGAUUAAUGGUCAAGACAGCUAUAAUCCGAUGUUGCCUUUGAGCCCGGCUAUUGUUGCUGCUGCAUUAACGCAAGCUGCUGGAUGGAGUCUAGCUAAUGGUCGUAUGAUGCCACCACCACCGCCUCCUAGUGGAAACAAUCAAUGGUCUCAACAUGGUCUCAACUCUCAACGAAAUAACUAUAAUAACAGGAAACGUUCUAAUAAUGAUUACAAUUCAUCAGGCAAUCGCUAA